UUCAUGUUGCUGCCAGAACUCCAAAAAAAUAAACCCUAGCCUACUCUUAUGAUAAUGAACCAGUUACACUUCAUCUCUGAAUAACUACUCUGAUAGUGUCCAUGGACAACUACAUCAAGCAUUCAGAGUCCUGUCUGAAUUAAAUCCUAGGAAAUUUGGCAGGUAGUAGGUCAGGUGGGUUCAGUAAGUCUGUCAGUCUUGUUAAAGGAGUGUAGAGUAAAUGGAUGGUCUACAGUAGGAUUCCAUUUCUCUACCUGGAUUGGGCUCUAGCCUUUAAGCAGCUUAAGGGGUCUUGAUAUAUACUUAAAGGAAUAACUGUAGUGGCAGGAAAUAGUGAGUGAAUUGUAUAGAAGUAGGACAGAUGUGGGGAUCAAAGAGCCAGGAUUGGAGUGGGUUGAAGGAAAUGAGCUUUGUUGACCUUGGUAAAAUAAAGGGUGGGGUGGACUGAUAGGAAUAAUAAAUUGGUUGUUAAGUUGGUGAUGGAUUAUAGAGAAUUUGUGAAGCAGUGAUGAGAAAAAAAUAUGUAAAGAUAAGGAGCUAGGGUGCCUGUGUCAAAGAGCCCUUUCUCUUACCCUCCCCUAAAAAAGGAGUUGUCAGUGACCCAGUGGAAUCACCAAUAGGAAAAAUAGGCUGAAGGAGAUUGAUCUAAAGGGUAGUUGUUAAUGAUUUAAUGUGAGCUUGGAAGGAAAUCACUAGUGGAAUGCCCCAGAGAUUUGUGCUGUUUACUAUAUUUAUCGGUGACUUGGACAGAAGCAUGGACGGCAUAUUUAUGUUUACCACAUUUGCAGGUGACAAAGGAAGGAUAACAAUUGAAAUACAAAAUCAGCAUCUAAAAAGAUCCUGACAAGCCAAAAGCUGGGCCAAAUCUGAUACCAUGAAAUUUAAUAUGGAUAAUGGAAAGUUUUAUACUUGGAUUCAAAAAGUCAACCUCAUAAAAUACAGGGUGGGGAAGGCUUGACUACAUGGUAGUUCAUCAGAUCUGAGUGGAGGCUGUUCAUGUACUUAAUAUAUGUGUAAUGGAAGCCCCCAAAGCUAAUGCAUCUGAGGUUGCAGUGAGAGAAACAUGUUGGAUUAAGAAGGUGAUAGUCUUUGACAAACUGGAGAGUCUUAAUGCUUGUGAGCAGUCUCAAGUUCACAUCAUGAGUGCAGGUGGAAGGAACUUGGGAUAUUUAACCUAUUUAAAAGUAGACUAGGCAAGGAAUGGUGGAUGGAGACAUGAAGAUUUGGGUUUGAAGUAAAGAUAAACUUCCUCACAAUUAAAGCUAUUUAAAAAUAGAAUAACUUGCCCUGCCAGGCAGUGGGAUACCCUUUCCUGGAGGUGGUUCAGCAAAAGCUAUAUGGCUACUUGUUGGCAAUGUUGUGGAAAGAAAUUCUCUGUGGUGGUUCUGUGGAUAAGAGGAAUGCCCCAAAGAGGAUAUACGGACUUGAGGGAGUGGGAUUGAAAAAACUGCAAGAUAGUUUGAGGCAUCAGCAAGUCAGGGAAGCAGGAGGAAUGAAACAAGGUUAUCCAAUGAGACUAAAGUGGGGAAAGGAAUUUCCAUAGUGAGGCUGUUUUUAAGUAGUGUGACACUUGAGAGGUGGAGUAAACUCUGUCUCUGAAUUGAGGAUUCUUUGUCUUUCUCCCACCCUAUUUAACAAGGGUGUUAGAGGUUGGAUUGCACAACUCUGUUCCCCUCUUCCUCCUCACCUUCAUCUAAAAUUAUCUCUCUCCCUAAACUUCUCUUCCCUCCCCCCCCCACUCCCUUCUUUAGAACUUAGUGGGUAAGAAGUAGGAGAGGCAAUGGCAAAAAUAAAGAGGGAGAGACUUGCUUUAUCCUUAAAACCCCACAAAACCAAUCUUAGGAUAUCAGAGUGAGGAGGUACCAUUGAUAAGAAAGGUGUCCCUAAAUCCUUUGCCUCGGGGAGCAAAUUCCCAGAGCAGCUCCUUUUCUCUGUCCCCCAAUAUCCAGUCUCUGGCUCAGAAAAUCCCAUACCUCCCUACUUGUGAGCCUCAGGCUUUCCUCUGGCCUUCAACACAAAAACACAUAAUCUGUUUCUUGAUCUCCUUUUCACAUUUCUCAUUUUAUCCCUUCCUCUAGACCUCUUUUGGUUAUGAGAAAUAUUUUAAUUCAAUAGAUAGUUCAACUUUCCAAAGCAUCCCUGUAGCAUUGACCCAAACCCCUUAAUCUCAAAUUCCUAACCCACUUCCUAUCUUCCCAGACCUUGGCCAAACCCAUAUAGAGCUUGUGGCUCUUUGUUCAUCACUGACUUGGAAAUUCAGGAAGUUGCUUCACUUCCCAGAAACUGUUUUCUGUCCUGGCCUCUACUGUCCAAUUUGAGAAGCCAGUGCUGGGUUAACAACUGCGUGAACUGUCCAAGUACUUGACUCCCUCCCACUUAUUGACUCCAACUCAAAUGUAGAGAGAGGUACCUCUAAUCAUAGGCAGUUGUCUUUGAGGCUGUCAAGCUCUUCAGAAGUAAUACUUUACUGUCAAAGGCCAUAUACGUGGAAAGUAGGAGUGUGUGUGUAUGUGUGUGUGUGUGUGUAUGUGUAUACACACAUCUAUAAAAAUAGAUGUAUGUAAACAUGUAUAAAUGUAUACACACACACACACAGAACUAAUUUUCCCUAGGAUGAGAAUCUUUUCUGCUUCUGAAACUUCUUUUAAUGAUGGUCUGACCCCUCCUUAAGUCAUCAUCCUGUCCUUGCUGACUUUUCCCCCUUUCCUCACAUAUACUCAUGUUAUAGAGGGGACUUUGGGUUGCUAUAGGAUAUUUGUGAAACUGGUACAUGUUUAGUGACCCAUUCCUUUCUUCUCCCUCCCCCAACCCUGUAUAGUUUCACUGGACCUUGGUCAGAAUUAAAUUGAAGGCUAAACCUUUGGGCUUCUCCUUCAUGCCAUCCCCCGAACUUUGGGAUAAACCCAUACAAAUGUCCCCAGAAAGAACCCUGUAUUACUUUUGUAACACAUCAUUUCUCAUGUUCAUACCAAUACCAUGUCUUACCCUCCCAUAGUCUUGAGGUCUGAGCUACCUAUUCAUUUGUAACUGUAAUUAAGAAGCUGGGUGUGGGGGUAUGGGGGUAUGGUGGGGGGGGGUGAUAGUUGAGACAGAAGAGAAAAUGUCCCAGGGAGGUAGAGGUAGAGGGAACAUUAAGCUUAUUGGGUUUUGCUCUUAUCCUGACACAUUUAUUGAGCUGUGGUGGGCAUGACGUAGUUUGCUUCUGCAUCAUCUUUUAUGUUUCUGUCAGGCUUAUCAUGAGUAGGCCUAUAUAUGUGUAUCCUACUAAAACAUCAGCCCCCAAAGCUGUCAUAGCACACCCUAUAUCACAGGUUCCCAGCCUUUUUCAGAUCCUGUUCUCCAGGAUUUUAGUGAACCUUCCUGUAUCCCUUAUUCAGUAUGAAAUAUUAAAAAUUUUAGAUUUUAUAGUACAUGUGCACAUGAGAAAUAAAAAUUAACUUUUCAUAAAUUGUCACCUUUAUAGCUUCCUGGAUCCCGUGAGGAUAUACAUAUCCCAGAUUGAAAGCCCUUUUUGCUCUACAUCUCUGCUUUUCAAAUCCCAAAUUCAAUCCCAUUCCUCUGAAUCCCAUUCCUUCUAUAACUAAUAGACAUUCUGCAAGCUUUCUGAGAACACGGCCCUUCCCACUCUCUGAUUAAUCCUGUAGAGAAGGUGAAGUUCAUAAAUCAGCCUGGGAUGUGGGAGAGAUCAGAAUCCAAGGUCAUUAUCCCUCCGUUUCCCACAGGCACUCCACACCUCAGGGGAGAUAAAGUCAGCGAUGAGAGAAUGGCAUCAGAGUAGUUAUAGCCUUUACUGAACACAGGGAAGCAGAAAGAUGGAGGAGCAAAGGGAUUCAAACAGACAGGCAAGGAUGGACAGAUGGAAGAUGUUGCAAAAGGGUACCAGUCCUUGGAAGGAUAGAGGGCUAGGGAAGGGGCAGCAAGUAGAGAUGGCAGAGCAGCACCAGCUCCUCUCCAAGGUGAGUGACUAUCUGGACGUCAUCCAUCUGCUGAUCCCCAGACUGUUCUAGGCCAUCAUCCUUUCCCACUCAUCUCUGCCUCUCUCCUGACCCCCACCCCAAGGAAGGAAUGUGGAGUAGAUAAACAGAUGAAAGUCCUGAGCAAGACUUCAUCCUGGCUUCCAGAGCAGAGGGACAGAUUUUUGCUUGAUAGAAGGAAAAACUUUCUAACAAUAAGAUCUGUUCCCAUAUGGAAAGGACUGUCUUUGUGUGGGUGGUGCCUCAUAUCUGAAAGCAUUCAAGCACAGGCUGGAUGAUCACUUGUCAGGGGUGUUGUAAAAGAUUCCUGUUCAGGUAUGAAGCAGACGGAGUAACCUUUCAAUGGUGAGACUGUGAGUCUAUGAUGGGUAUGUUUGGCAGAGAGAGUUGGAAAGAAGGAACAUCUAUGCCCUCGUUAGCGUUAAGCUAGACGAGGCACUUGGCAGUGGGAUGGAGAAGGGUACUCUUCUCGAGGAGUCCCCUGCGGGCCCUUCCCUUCCCCCCUCCUCACACCUGUUUUGACCCCAAGCAGAUCAGAUGUGGCAGUGGGGGGGUCAUGUGACAGGGGGUGGCUAUAAAUAGUAGGAGGGUGGGCAUGCUGCCCUAGACUCCUUGGGGCCAAGUAGGAGGUGAGGUUCAAGGAACUGUUGGGGAAUAGGGGGCCAGUCAGUCUGGGGCCCAGCCCAAGGCUGGGAUCAUGGACCGUGCUGGGUCACUGAGACCAGGGGGAGAAUCAAGCUGGUGGGGUAGUGCCCCUCAGUACCAGUAUGUCUCCUUUGAGCACUGCACCAGUUAUGGCCUGCCCUCUGAGAACGGGAUCCAUGAGCACAGACCUCAGGGGAAUACAGGCCCCCGGCCCAACGUUUAUCCUACACAGGUCUAUGGCCACCACCCAGAACAACCGUUGGCUUUCUCUAGCAAAGAAAAGAACAUGGCAAGUCCCGGGCAGAAGGUUCCCAGCUCUGCCAUGGACAGCAGUGAGGAAGAUCACCAUUCCAAGUGCCAAGAUUGUGCCCAUCGAAUGGGACAAAUUGUGAGAAGGAAAUUGGGAGAGGACUGGAUCUUCCUGGUAUUGCUGGGACUAGUUAUGGCACUGGUUAGCUGGAGCAUGGACUAUGUCAGUGCCAAGAGUCUUCAGGCCUACAAGUGGACAUACCAGCAGAUGAAGCCCAACCUUGCCCUUCAGUUCCUGGCCUGGGUCACGUUCCCACUAACCCUCAUCCUCUUCAGUGCCCUCUUUUGCCACCUCAUUGCCCCACAGGCUGUUGGCUCUGGGAUUCCUGAGAUGAAGACCAUUCUUCGUGGGGUAGUUCUAAAGGAAUAUCUCACUCUCAAGGCCUUUGUGGCCAAAGUCAUUGCACUGACUGCUGGUCUAGGAAGUGGUAUCCCUGUGGGCAAAGAGGGCCCAUUUGUGCACAUUGCCAGCAUCUGUGCUGCUGUUCUAAGCAAGUUCAUGUCUAUGUUCUGUGGUGUGUAUGAGCAGCCAUACUAUUACGCUGAUAUCCUGACGGUGGGCUGUGCCGUCGGAGUCGGCUGUUGCUUUGGGACACCGCUUGGAGGAGUGCUAUUUAGCAUUGAAGUUACUUCCACGUAUUUUGCUGUCCGGAAUUACUGGCGAGGAUUCUUUGCAGCUACAUUCAGUGCCUUUGUCUUCCGUGUCCUGGCAGUGUGGAACAAAGAUGCUGUUACCAUCACAGCUCUGUUCAGAACCAACUUCCGAAUGGAUUUUCCCUUUGACCUACAGGAGCUUCCUGCCUUUGCCAUCAUUGGGAUCUGCUGUGGGUUCUUGGGUGCUGUGUUUGUCUAUCUGCAUCGACAGGUUAUGCUGGGAGUCCGAAAGCACAAGGCUCUCAGCCAGUUCCUUGCUAAGCACCUCCUACUGUACCCAGGGAUUGUCACUUUCAUCAUUGCCUCAUUUACUUUCCCCCCGGGGAUGGGCCAGUUCAUGGCAGGAGAGCUUAUGCCCCGAGAAGCCAUCAGUUCUUUGUUUGACAAUCACACAUGGGUGAAACAUGCAGGUGACCCCCAGAGUCUGGGCCGCUCAGCUGUUUGGAUCCACCCCCAAGUCAGCGUCAUCAUAGUCAUCUUCUUCUUCUUUAUCAUGAAGUUCUGGAUGUCCAUUGUGGCCACUACUAUGCCCAUCCCCUGUGGGGGCUUCAUGCCUGUGUUUGUGCUGGGGGCAGCAUUUGGGCGACUGGUGGGAGAAGUCAUGGCCAUGCUCUUCCCUGAUGGGAUCCUAUUUGAUGGGAUCAUCUAUAAGAUUCUUCCUGGGGGCUAUGCAGUAAUUGGGGCAGCAGCACUUACUGGUGCGGUGUCUCACACGGUUUCCACAGCAGUAAUCUGCUUUGAGCUGACUGGCCAAAUUGCCCACAUCCUGCCCAUGAUGGUGGCUGUGAUCCUUGCCAACAUGGUAGCCCAAAGCCUACAGCCCUCACUCUAUGACAGCAUCAUCCAAGUCAAGAAGCUGCCAUAUUUGCCUGAUCUAGGCUGGAACCAGCUCAGCAAAUACACAAUCUUCGUUGAGGACAUUAUGGUUCGUGAGGUGAAGUUUGUUUCAGCCUCCUGCACUUACCGGGACUUGCAAGCCUUGCUUCAGGCCACUGCCGUCAAGACCUUACCAUUAGUAGACUCCACAGACUCGAUGAUCUUGCUGGGCUCAGUGGAGCGAUCAGAGCUGCAGUCGCUACUUCAACGUCACUUGAGCCCUGAGCGAAGAUUGCGGGAAGCCCAAGAGAUGGCAAGGAAGUUGGCAGAACUGCCCUUCAAUGGGCAGGUGAAGCAGGCAGGUCAGGAACUCCCCAGGAACCAUUCAGCACAGGGCCGGCCACAGUCCUUUGCCUUUGUGGAUGAGGAGGAGGAGGAGGACAUCACUGGAAGGACAGAGUUGCCUCCUUCUCCUCACCCUUUAACUGCUGCUUUGUCCCCUGAGGAGCCCAAUGGACCUUUGCCCCACCAGAAGCUGCAAUCAGAAGCACAGGAUGCUACCGGCCAAAGAUUUCCCAUCCUACGGUCUCUGCUUCGCUGCUUGCUGGGAAAUGGCUUCCACACCGAGAAGAAGACACUACAGGAUCCCAUCAACUUAGUGGACAAUAUGCCACCUGAGGAGAUUGAAGCUUGGGAGCAGGAGCAGCUGAACCAGCCUGUCUGCUUUGAUUCCUGCUGCAUAGAUACCUCUCCCUUCCAGUUGGUGGAGCGGACAUCUUUGCACAAAACUCAUACGCUGUUCUCACUACUUGGCCUCCAUCUUGCCUAUGUGACCAGCAUGGGGAAACUCCGGGGUGUACUGGCUUUGGAAGAGUUACAGAAGGCCAUUGAAGGGCACACCAAGUCAGGAGUCCAGCUUCGACCCCCCCUUGCGAGUUUCCGGAAUACUACUACUACCCGAAAGACCCCAGGGGGGCCACCACCACCCUCUGAUGGUUGGAGCCUUCCAGAAGACAGCACUGAGGGUGGUGAUAUGGAGGGCAUGAUGGUUCCAGCCUAUCCUGAACCUCUAGAGUCAUCUUCCCCUAUCCCCCCUGCCUCCCCAGCCCUUCCCCGUGCAGAGGGGGAACUAGAGGAGCUGGAGCUAGGGGGAACCUCUGGGCCAGAAGAAGACCUGGCUGACAUUUUACAAGGCCCCAGCCUUCGAUCUACUGAUGAAGAGGAUGAGGAUGAACUGACCCUUUGAUACCUGACUUAGUAACCUCCCCAUUUGUAAUGAAGGGAUACCCCUAAGGAAGGGCCCUGUGUUCUCUAAUGAAGGUAUAAUAGUCUUAGAGGAGGAGUCAUAACCUGGUCAGGGAAUAACCAUGAUCAGUGCCCCAGUCACCAUUGUCCCCACGUGAGUCCUGGCCAGGUGGUCUUGACCCCAAGAUCUUCUUAUCUUUCCCCCUCCCCACAUCUGUCUGUGCUUCAGUUUCCUUGAGGCCAGGCUGAAGGGGCCUGGAAUGGUAGAGGUUCUUUCAAGCUCCCUGUUGAAGGAUUAGGGAGAGGGGCCACCUUUGGGAUCCUCCCAAUAAACCUGCAAACUGCAGAA